AUGAUGCGGAGGACUCUUCGUUGUAUGAUUCCCGCUGCUUCCAGUUCAUCCACCUCCAUUGCAGCGAUUCGGAGGCGGCAGCAGCAGCAGCGACAUCAUUCUCAAGGUCAAACUAACUGGAGAUGUGCUCCAACUUUUAAUGAGUCGAAUGUGUUAACUGAAACUAACGCGUCUGCUGCCGUAAGGUCUGGCAGUUCAAAGUCCUUAUGGCUUUGUGAGGCGCGUCAGGUGACACUGUCCGAUGUCAAGCGUGACUAUAUCAGCAAGCGGUUGUUGGAUAAGAAGACGCGUUUUGUUGUGCGACAGCGGCUUCGUGAGGGAGGUGCAACAUCAAAUUUCUUUCCGUUACUUUUUAGCCAACCCAUCGUAUUGUACUCAUACGAAAUCGAAGCCACACGCCGUCCUUUGCACGCAUUGAAAGCACCCAGUGGGGAGGAAGUGCCACCACAGUGUAGCGGAGGUAAAACGGGAAAGACAAGGAAGGGGAAAAGUAAAAUUACAGCACCUGAAAAAAUAUCGUCGGUACCUGUGAGACGGGUGGAGUGCUCUCGGGCGUGGAGGGCUGUGCAACGGUACCUAAGGCGUUGCCUCCCAAAUGCACCGCCGCUUGUUAAUCUCCGGCAACAAAUUUACACAACCGCUCCACUUCCAGUUGUUGCUCUGCAGCUACCACCCGAGUGCCUGGACUUAGGAUGGGUGGAGUGCAAGCUGCAUUUCAGGGGAAAGACCAAACUUACUGAAAUGGAUUCUGCGGAAAUGCAGGAGACUGUCAAUAAGAUUGUGUUGUGGGCGCUGAGGAAUGGUGGGUCUAACCAAAAAGGACAUCAGUUUUGCGUGGCGAGGGAAGCUAAUGGGAAGGUUGUUCAUAUACACGACGCUGUGUCGGUGGACGGCCUCCGUGUUUUCAAGGGGACUUUGAUUCGGGCCACGUUUGUUAGCUCUGGAGACGAUGCAGAAGAUGUGCCGUCGCCGGCUGUUGUACUGCCACCGUCGACCGCUGUGCUUAAGACAUUAGCAGCAGGUGAUUAUGGUGCCAAAAAACUGCGUUUCGUCGUGGAGGAGUUUGUGCGAGGUUUCGUCUUCAAGGAGCGAAACGUGCAUAGCUACAAAAUUGCUGACGCCUCCGGCACCACGCAGGCAUCGCUUUGGGAUGCAACGGAGGAGACGAAGCUAAAGGUCGGUUGUAUUUACGAGGUGACAGACUACCGCGUGCGGGUGUUUGAAUCUCAUAAUGGCAUGCGUCUCGUGGAGAUGACAGUGGGGAAGACAGGUUUCAACGUUGUUAUGUCGCAGCAAGAUGAGGUUACAACAGGAGAAGAGGCGGACGAUAACGGGAAGGCUAAAAGCAAGGAGAGCCGAAAGGAUGUUAAGAAACUCCGUAGUAAAUGUGGUAAGGAGGCGUCAGCAGGCGAGGAGAGAAAGCAUCAGCAUCAACAAAUUGAAAAGGAUGAAGCAAAACGGACAAUGAAGAAUACUAGUGACUGUGGUUCAUUACCUCACUGCACAGGGAAACUUACUCUCAAAAUUGAUACCAAAUGCACCGUUGCAACCGAACUUUCAUUAUGGGAGGAGGUCAAACAGCAUUUUGGCAGAGGCCCGUACGACCCAGCGAUGGAGGAGCGAAUUGCGCGCUCAGUUCAGGGAACCCCUGUGGUAAUAUCCACGACUCUAAGACACUCUAUUGUCCGUCUCGUUAGAUUUAACAUGGUUGCAACUGAAGUGAAUCUCGAGCCCACGCUGCAGCACUUAAUACGAGAGUUAGAACCAGGGCAACCGUAUGCCGUACUCGUGGACUAUUCCGUCGUACCGCUUCAAGCCCUACAUUGCUGUUACGACCCGCGAACGCGAUCCUGGCAAGAUACCAGCGUCACCGCCUGCUCUUUCAUGCCUUCACAACGCCUUGAAAUCCUUGAGCUGUUUCGUGCCAAAUUGGAGAGCGCUAUGCAGCCGUGGGGUAUUACGGUUGCACCAAAACCACUGUUAUCAAAGGCGCUCUCCCUCUUACCGGCGCCACAAAAGGUUUCUCCAUUUGCGAAGAAACAGACGAAUGACACUUCCAUUGUUAACGACAACAGCAACGGCCGCCUCCGGAGUGUCGCUCCGAGUGGUUCCGUACCGCUGCGGCAUCCUCCUCCCCCAUCGUCACCCACAACAACUGCUGUUGUUGGAAUUAUUGCCUCUCACGCAAGCGAAGAGGAAUCAAGUCGUGUGAAGCAGACAACGCAAGCCAUAGGUCGUUACUGUCGUAGCACUACUGUCAUCACAGUUCCUGAUGAGCAAGAAGCGGUGCGCUACCUUGUGCAGCAGUUAAUCAGUGCUGGCACAGAGGAAUUGCGGGACCCCAACACUGCUGCUGUCAUCGUUACGAACGAACGGGAAACACGGUUGGUAAGGUGGAUGCAGGCGGAGUGCCUCACGCGUGGGAUUUUGCCCCUUUUUGUGCCCCCCUGUGCUUCACCAAAACAACAGCAAUUGCGUUGUGAGAACAUUCGGUUGCGAUUGCGUACAGUGUUUGCUACCGACCCUCUGCGUGGUGUUGAUCUACAGCGUGAGGUUCCAGCAGUUGCUCAGCGACGUGUGCUUCUUGUCGGCGUCGAUUCUUGUCACACACCAACUGUAAGCACUGGCAGCGUUGUGGGGAUUUUGUGUACUGCGGAACGUAAUCAUUUGUUACCGUUCUUCUGGAAACAUGAGAGACGUGGCCAGGAGGUGGAGCUAGUCUCAGAGCACUUUGAAGUUCUCAUUAGCCGCGCCAUGGAGUUAUAUGACGGUUUGGAUGACGUGGUGGUUUUUCAGGAUGGUGAUGUUUACAGUGAGAUGUCGGCAAUGCAGGCACAUCUUCCGGUGGGCUGCGGUUUCACUUUCGCAUGCCUUCACAAGCGUUCGGACGUGCGAUUUGUCCACGAAUUUCGGGGUGAAGCCAACACUUCCGGUAGCAAAGUUGCGGCAGGGAAUGUCGUGAAGGGCACUGUCGUACAGGCCUUAACAAUUCAGCGUGCGAGUGAGGAUCCAUUACUGGGGAAUGCCGUCAACUCAUUUUAUCUUCAGAACCACGAUUGUGAGACAUCCACUGCACGGACGGUUCAAUACACGCUAUAUUGCACGAGCCCCACGCUGGAUGUUUCAGAUGUGCAGCAGUUGUCACAUGUGCUUGCGCAUGCGAUGGCGACCCGUGCGACAAAACUCCCGAUGCCAACAAGAUGUGCUCAUCGCCUGGCAAGUAUCGUGGAGAGAUUAAUUGAUGCCGUUCCACCGCUGCAGUGCUCAAUGAUUCCCAAACCUUUGAAUGAAAGACUGUGGUUCUUUUAA